AUGAUCCGUUCUGCCGUUCACCAGUUUCGGCGCCGUCGCCCUGAUGCAGCCAAUGUUUCUCGUCUCUUAUCAUCGGCCAAUACUAGUUUCUCAUGGGAACUCCAACCACAAGAUUCUGUUUGUUCCGACAAUGGACGUUGUCAUGAAAAGGCCUUGAGGAGAGUAUCCUCCUUGCUGUCAUAUGCGACGACGAGCCAUGCGUCUUCAUCCCUUAAUCAUCGCCAGCUGUCAACAAGAUGUUUCUCCUCUACAGCUCCCAACACGGACAGUGACGACAGCGACAGCGAUACUCCUGAAAGUUUUACCAUUGGCCAUCGCCCUGGGGUUCGAAAUGUGGCCAUUAUUGCUCAUGUCGAUCACGGCAAGACGACACUGGUCGACAAACUCUUGGCAACGACGCAGGCGGCAGAUGGCUUGUCGGAUCGAUUGAUGGAUUCGGGAGAAUUGGAACAAGAACGUGGCAUUACCAUUACCAGCAAAGUGACUCGAUUAACGUACAACAGCAGCAGUACCGAUGAUACUAUUACAAUCAACUGUGUCGAUACUCCCGGCCAUGCCGAUUUUUCGGGGGAAGUCGAUCGUAUAUUGAGCAUGGUGGAUGGAGUGUGCCUGUUGGUCGAUGCCGGCGAAGGCCCCAUGACGCAAACCAAAUACGUGCUGAGUCGAUCGUUGGCAUUGGGACUCAAGCCUCUAGUGGUCCUCAACAAGGUGGACCGACCCAAUGCCAUUGCACGAUUGGAGUCUGGUGAAACGGAAUCGGACUUGUUGGAUCUCUUUGAUGCACUGGGCGCAACCGAUGAACAAAUGGAUUAUCCCACGCUCUAUGGCAGUGCCCGGGAAGGAUGGAUGACGGACGAUCUGGACACCGCCUACCAAUUGGCCAGUGGAAAAGUGCAACCAUCCGAAAGCACCAGCAUGAAAGUAUUGCUAGAUGCCAUGUUGGGGCAUGUCCCAGAACCAGCCAUUCGACAAUACGAAACAACAGCAGCAGAUGAAGUGCAACCCUUUGCUUUGGCCGCUGUCACGGUCGGGAUGGACACGUACAUGGGGCGGACCUGUACGGGUCGCAUUGUUUCGGGGUCUAUUGCCUUGAAUGAUAAGGUACAAGUCAUUCCGAGAGAAGGACCUAUGGAAAACACGGAUGCGACAACUUUGGGAGGAAUCUGUGUCAAUCGAGGGAUUUCUCGAACGCCCUUGGAAGAUGGAAUGGCGCAUGCUGGAGAUAUUGUCACGUUGGUGGGAGUCCCAGAACACAUGGCAGUGGGGGAUACCGUCACUGGAGCUGAGAAUCCUGUGAAACAACCCAUUGAGACACCACCUGUCGCACCACCCACAUUGUCGAUGGAGUUUGGAGCCAACACGGGUCCGCUGUCGGGAAUGGAAGGAACCAUUGUGACGUCCUCCAAAGUCCGUGAUCGUCUCUUUCAGGAAACCGACAACAAUGUGACCUUAUCGGUCGCCAAGAGUGAAACAGACUCGGAGAAGACAGUUGUACUGGCGAGAGGAGAACUCCAGCUGGGGAUCCUGGCAGAGCAAAUGAGGCGGGAGGGAUUUGAACUCAUGAUUUCACCUCCCCGUAUCCUGAUGAAAGAGUGCCCCGACACGAAAAAGAAACUCGAACCGUUUGAAGAAGUCAUUGUGGAUGUGGACAGUGAGUUUUCAGGAACGGUUGUCAGUUCCUUGACGGGUGACCGGAAGGGAAUACUCAUGGAAAUGACGGAAAAUGCCGACGGCAAGACACGGUUGAUGUUUGAAGUCCCAUCGCGCGGUUUGCUGGGUUUCAGCUCCGAAAUUGCUACCGCCACCAAGGGAACCGCCGUUGUCAAUCAUUGCUACCUGGAGGAUCGACUGUAUGCCGGUCAGUUGGGCUUGGAUUCCUCUCGCUCCAAAAUUGUCAGCAUGGUUCAGGGCAAGGCAACGGCCUUUUCUUUGGGGAACUUGGCGCAGAGAGGGACCCUUUUCAUUGAACCCGGCGAUAUGGUGUACCAGGGAAUGGUCAUUGGCGAGAGCGCCAAGAGCCGCGAUAUCGACAUGGAUGUCAAUCCUGUGAAAGCCAAGGAUUUGACCAAUAUGCGGACUCAAGCCAAGGACGAAAAGAUCGUCCUGCCACCACCCAAGCGACUGUCGGUCGAAGAAUUGAUUGGCUACAUGUCACAAGACGAGAUCAUUGAAGUGACUCCCGACAAUGUGAGACUGCGCAAAGCCGAGCUAGAUCCCAAUGUGAGGGCACGAGCCAAGAAAGGAAAGAAAAACAAGAAAUAG